UCCUUUUUUUUUUUUAAUGUCUUUCCACUGAUAGCCCAAUCCUUCCACUUUCCUGGUCAUCUAUUGCUUGGUUUUCCAACCCUAGUCCUCCACCUUCCAACAGAAAUCGGUUUUAUCGCUUGUUCCAUGACAUUAGGCGUCUCCUUUACAAGGGGUAGGAGUGUGGAUAAUAAGCAUAAUUUUUUUUCCCUUUAAAACCAGAUAUUUUCUGUAACUAAAGCCCCUCUACUCCUCCCCCUUCUAAAAAUUGCUCGCCUUCUACAAUUUUUCACCCUUGUCCCUGCUUCUUUGAGGACCCACAUUCUGACCCUCCUUUCGAAUACCUGCUUUUAGGGCAAAAAGAAGUUGGUUGAGUGUCCUGAAUUUUCCAGCCAGCAGUUCCAGGAAGACAUACUCAAUGCUGUGACUGUCACCUGAACCCCCUCCCAGAGGGGCCUAAACCAGGUCCUCCUGUUCCCUGGAGACUCACUUACUCUUCUCCUGGAAGCAGACACCAUCCAGAGCCCUCUCCCGACUCCCUGCCGGGCCUCCUUGGCUAUGGAGCAGUACGGAAUGGGGGAUGAGGGUGCCCUGCCUUCAGAGGUGCACCUGCCUUCAUUUCCUGAGGGCCAGAGUCUCCACUGCGGCGGUGACACUCUGGGCCGGGACCUGGGGCCUGGCACUCGGGAGCUGCUCUACACUGGCCUAGGCAGCUUGGACCUAGACCCCAGCUUGCCGGCACCUGAUGUGCCUGGGGAGGUGCUAGAGGACAAUCUGGACACGCUGUCCCUGUACUCGGGGAAGGACGCCGACUCCGUGAAGCUGCUGGAGGAGUACGGUGACCCUGAGUCUCAGGCCGUCCUGCAAGACCUGGGGCUCAGUGCACUCAAGGUGCCCAAGGAGGCCGAAGAAGGUGGCAGGACCAUGUUGGGGAGUGCCCGGAAGGGCAAGCGGCAGCACAGCUCCCCUCAGAACCCACUGCUGGACUGCAGCCUGUGCGGGAAGGUGUUCAGCAGCGCCAGCUCGCUGAGUAAGCACUACCUGACGCACAGCCAGGAGCGCAAGCACGUCUGCAAGAUCUGCAGCAAGGCCUUCAAACGGCAGGACCACCUGACCGGGCACAUGCUCACCCACCAGAAGACCAAGCCGUUUGUGUGCAUUGAGCAGGGCUGCAGCAAGAGCUACUGCGACUACCGUUCUCUGCGUCGCCACUAUGAGGUCCAGCACGGCCUCUGCAUCCUGAAGGAGGCCCCCCCAGAAGAAGAAGCCCUGGGGGACUCUCCCCACACCCACGAGGCCUCUGGGCAGCCUGUUCCUUCGGGCUUGCGUUCCCUGGGGCCCCCAGAAGCCCGCUCUCCCGGCUCCCUCCUGCCCAACCGAGACCUCCUGCGUUGUAUUGUCAGCAGCAUCGUGCAUCAGAAGAUCCCGGCCCCUGGCCCGGCCUUGGCAGGACCCGCUGACAAUGGUGAAGGGAGGGGUGCGGCCUGCCCCUGCCCGCCCCCCUCGGUGGGCUCCUGUACCCCCAUAAGCACCCCAUCAGUCCCGGGCACCCUAGGCACUGAGGAUGAGCCCCGGCCCCCCAAGAAGGAGCCAGCCUCCGAGGUGUUCUCAACUGGCCACAGCCGGGCAGUGGACAACAGCAGUGAGGCUGAGUCAGAGAGCUCGAUGCUCCAGCUGCCACCCACAGUGGACGGCUGGCCUGAAGGCAGCUCCCUGCCUACCUGCCUGCCCCUGUUCCGGGGCCAGACGCUCCCCACUGGGGCCCCACCGGCUAGUCACAACUUCCAAUGGCUGCGGAAUCUGCCCAGUGGCCCCAAAAGCAAGGGCAACAACGUGUUUGUGGUGCAUAAGCCCCAUUCGGCUGCCAUCGUGCAGUCCCGGGAGAGCUCCCAGGCUGGCCCUGGGCUCAGCAGUGCCAUCCCAGAUGGGGAGCCCCCGGCCAGCCCGGGCCCUGCACCGGAGGAUGCACUGCCCUUCCCUGCCACGCUCCUGAAGGCAUCAUGUGAAGGCUCCGGGGACCCCCGGUUUGCUGGCAGUGGUGGGGAGGAUGACUCCUGGGCUUCCAAGAAGAGCAGGUUUGACAGCGACACCUUCCAGUGGUCAAACCCCACUGAGCCGGACCCCCAGGACACCUCGAAGCCCACGGAGGCCACCCCACUCUUCCGCCAGCUGUUCCUCAAGUCGCAGGAAUCGCUGGUGAGCCACGAGCAGAUGCAGGUAUUCCAGAUGAUCACCAAGUCCCAGCGCCUCUUCUCCCACGCGCAGGUGGCCGCCGCUACCACCACCUCCUCCCAGCUCCCCACGGCUGAUGGCAAGCAGGCCAAGUCGAUCCAGGGGCCCUGGCCACCAGCCCCUGCCACUGACUCCCUCCAUGCCGGUGCCAGCAACCCCGAGCCUGAGGGCUCCCCGGCCCGAAGGAGGAGGUCCACGCCCUCCUUCCCCCGAGAGGCUUCCCCCAGUAGCGGAGGUGGCAGACGGGACACCAAGGGGGGACCCAAAGUGGCCACGGCCCCACCGUCCUUGGCCGCCGCGCCCAUGGACUCAGCUGGGAACUCAGACCUCCACUCUCUGGCCAAGCAGCUGCGAUCUUCCAAAGCCUCCUGGGAGCUGGGGGACAUCUAUCCCUCUGGGGGCCACCGCCAGACCCAGUUAGGUGGAGAUGAGCCGCCUAUAGCCCCACACCCUGGGAAGCAGGCCCAGCUAGAGAAUGGCCCAGCCGCCCCCAAGGGGGAGAAGGGCCCAACUUGCUCGCGGGGUGGUAGCUACCGCCUCUUCCCUGGCAACACCCGGGCGCAGCGUUUCUCCGGCUUCCGAAAAGAGAAAGUGAAGACGGAUCUGUGCUGCGCAGCGUCCCCCAGCCAGGUGGCUAUGGCCUCCUUCUCUGCUGGGCCGCCUGCAGAGGCCCCCCGGGACCCCAAGUCCAAGCUGACCAUAUUCAACAGAAUCCAGGGAGGAAAUAUCUACAGACUCCCCCAUUCAAUAAAGGAGGACAAUGUGCCAGGUGGAUGUAGCCAGCCCAAUGGGGGCGCUCCCGACUGGGCAGAGCCGAGGAGCACCUACGUCUGCAAGAACUGCAGCCAGAUGUUUUACACGGAGAAGGGGCUGAGCAGCCACAUGUGUUUUCACAACGACCAGUGGCCAUCCCCCCGGGGGAAGCAGGAGCAGCAGGCUUUCGGGUCGGAGUUUUGUAAGCCGCCGAGACAGGCGCCAAGGCCAGAGGGGAGCCGGCAGAGCCCCCCGGGAGCCAGGAAGGCCUCAGACAGCACAGCCACCGCCUCCCACAUGAUCCCCAUGUCGGUACCUGUGACCCCGGCUCACCGGCCCCUGGGGAGCACGGCCAAGGGACAGGAGAAGGACAGGGAGGAGAGAGACAACAAGGAGAGCCAGCACAGAAAGCGGAAGAAACGUCCCCCGACCAGGUCCAUGCUCAUCCCCCCGCCACCAUCCACCACGUUCCAGGAGCCAGGUCCUGGGGGCCACCAGAGCUGCCUAAGGUCCCCUGUGUUCCUAGUGGACUGCCUCCUCCAGGGCUUGUUCCAGUGCUCUCCUUACACGCCGCCUCCCAUGCUCAGCCCCAUCCGAGAAGGCUCGGGGCUCUAUUUCAACACUCUCUGCUCCACAUCCAUGCAGGCUGGGCCUGACAAGCUGCUCAGCGCUGUGCUGGACCAAGUGGAAGGCUCCUUUGGCAUCUGCAUGGUGAAGGAUGACACCAAGAUCAGCAUUGAGCCACAUAUCAAUAUUGGGAGUCGGUUCCAGGCGGAGAUCCCCGAGCUGCAGGAGCGCGGGCUGGCGGGCUGCGAGCCGCACGUGGCCUCACUGGUCUGGAAGCCGUGGGGGGACAUGAUGACCAACCCAGAGACACAGGACCGAGUGACCGAGCUCUGCAAUGUGGCAUGUUCCAGCGUCAUGCCAGGAGGUGGCACCAAUCUGGAGCUUGCCCUGCACUGCCUGCACGAGGCCCAGGGUAGUGUUCAGGUUGCCCUGGAGACCCUCUUACUCCAAGGACCCCAGAAGCCUCGGACUCACCCCCUCGCUGAUUAUCGGUAUACAGGUUCGGACAUCUGGACUCCCCUGGAGAAGCGGCUGUUUAAGAAGGCAUUCUGUGCCCACAAGAAGGACUUUUACUUGAUCCAGAAAACGAUCCAGACAAAGACUGUGGCCCAGUGUGUUGAGUAUUAUUACAUCUGGAAAAAAAUGAUCAAGUUUGACUGUGGCAGAGCCCCUGGGCUAGAGAAGAAGGUCAGAAGAGAGUCAGAUGAGGCAGACAGAACAGAAGCAAAGGUCACUUGUAGCCCUCGGGAGAGACCCAGCCACCGCCCAACCCCUCCUGAGUUAAAGAUCAAGACCAAGAGUUACAGGAGGGAGUCCAUCCUUAACUCCAGCCCCACCUCUGGCCCCAAGCGGACCCCUGAGCCACAGGGGAGCAUGGAGGGCCAGGGUGUCUUCCCCUGCAGGGAAUGUGAGAGGGUGUUCGACAAGAUCAAGAGCCGGAACGCUCACAUGAAGCGGCACCGGCUCCAAGACCACGUGGAGCCCAUCGUUAGGGUCAAGUGGCCCGUGAAGCCCUUCCAGCUGAAGGAGGAUGAAGAGGAGGAGGAUGAGGAGAUUGGAGUGGACAUCGGCCCCCUUCAGUGGUGAUGGGAGAAGGGGAGCAGCAGGAGGCAGGCAACCCACAGGGAUGGAGACCUCCAGUUCUGUCCUGGCCCUCUCCCAGCCCUCCCAAGGCUUGGGGGCCCCCUCCUCUGUUUUCCACUCACUGUCCCCCAUGGGAUGGCCCCAUUUGCAAGCACAGCAGCCUCUGGUCAUAUCAGCAGGAGGUGCACAAGUCCCUGGACCACUGUGAAUGCUAGAGGCCCCAUCCUCUUAGGUUAACAGUUUCUUUCCCCUUCCAGUGCCACCCUCCUGGAGCAGGUGGGCCAGGGACGGGACAAGUCUUAUCUGGAUAGCUCUUAGCCACAAGUUUGGGGUUCAGUUCCAUUUGUUAGAGAAGGCAGGAUGUUGAGAAUCAGUGGCAAAAGACCUUCAGACCUCUAUCUGGGGGCUCCCCUCACUCACUGGGGGGCCUCUCUUCAUUCCAGAUUCAGUCCCUAGUCUUGCAAAUGACUUGUACAUUGUUAGGUUAUUUUUGUAUGUGUCUACUUAUAAAUCUUAUUAAAUUCAGUUCUUGGAGCAGCUGUC